ACGUGACCACGCCCUAGCGGGGCUGCCGUGGGGCGUUGUGGGAAGGGGUCAAGCCACUGACUUUUCAGGGACCUGGGAGGCGCUUUUCUGGCCUUGGUAACCUUGCCGCGAUGUGGUUCGAGAUUCUCCCCGGGAUCGCUGUCAUGGGCGUUUGCUUAGUCCUCCCCGGAGUUGCCACUGCGUACAUCCACAAGUUCAGUAAUGGGAAGAAGGAAAAAAGAGUUGCCUAUUAUCCAUAUCAGUGGAGUUUGAUGGAAAGAGAUAGGCGUGUCUCUGGAGUUAACCGCUACUAUGUGUCAAAGGGUUUGGAGAACAUUGAUUAAGGAAGCAUUUUCCUGGUUGAUGAAAAAUAACUCAGUUAUGCUCAUCUACCCCUGCUAAAAGGGUAUGCAGUGUAUUACAUAGUACGUAAUAAACAUUAAAAAGUAAAAUCAAA